AGCCGGGCGCGGCAGGCGGCGCUGCUCCCCUCCUCCGCGGCUUCCUUUGUGUGAGUGAGUGAGUGAGUGAGUGAGGAGAGCCGAGGCGCAGCAGCAGCAAGAGAAGGAGGAGCCGCUGCUUGUCAAGCCUGAGCCGCGAAGGCGGUGAAGGGAGCCGGGGGCGGCGGCGGCGAGGAGGGCGCAGGCUGGCGCAGGCAGGGCGGCUCGACUCCCCGGGAAGCCUCCCUUCCUAGGCGGGAGAGGAACUGGAAGCCGCGCGGGUUUCUCUUGCUCCGGGCUUCUCUCCCCAGCCAAGGCUGCUCGGGGCGCCAGCAAGCCGGCCGCGGGAGCGCGUCCUUUGGCUCGCCAGCCAGCCGAGCCCGGGCGGAGGCGGCGGCGGCUGCUGGUGCUGCUGCUGCUUUGCUCAGCGAGGCUCCCGCACUUUGCCAUGGGCCGGGGGCAGCAGCAGGCGCAGCCGGACAGCAACAGCUGCAGCCCCUGGGCCGGUCACUGAGGAACCCUCAGCCAGGAGGAUGGCCACGUCCAGCAACUCCAGCUUGUCUGGCUCAUCGGUGUCCUCGGAUGCUGAAGAGUACCAGCCUCCAAUAUGGAAAUCAUACUUAUAUCAGUUACAGCAGGAAGCACCUCGUCCCAAAAGAGUAAUUUGUCCUCGAGAGGUGGAGAACAGACCAAAGUACUAUGGAAGAGAGUUUCAUGGGAUCAUUUCUCGUGAGCAAGCAGAUGAAUUACUUGGAGGUGUAGAAGGAGCAUAUAUUCUCAGAGAAAGCCAGCGGCAACCUGGAUGCUAUACCUUAGCUCUCCGAUUUGGCAAUCAGACUUUAAACUACAGGCUCUUUUAUGAUGGGAAGCACUUUGUAGGAGAGAAGAGGUUCGAAUCAAUCCAUGAUUUGGUAACCGAUGGCUUGAUAACUCUGUAUAUAGAAACAAAGGCCUCUGAGUACAUUUCCAAAAUGACAACGAACCCUAUCUAUGAACACAUUGGGUAUGCCACUUUGCUCAGAGAAAAAGUAUCCCGGAGGCUAAGUAAAACAAAAGCGGAAUCAAGAAAAGCCAGUGUAACAAUGUGUGAAGAAAAUGUACCUGUUGAAAAGAUCACCUCAUUGGUCAGGAGAGCAGCAUUAACACAAAACGACAACCAUUUCAACUAUGAGAAAGCACACAAUUUUAAGGUCCACACAUUCCGAGGCCCACAUUGGUGUGAAUACUGUGCCAACUUCAUGUGGGGACUCAUUGCUCAGGGAGUCAGGUGUUCAGACUGUGGUUUGAAUGUACACAAACAGUGUUCAAAAUAUGUUCCGAAUGACUGUCAACCAGACCUCAAAAGGAUCAAACGAGUAUACUGCUGUGACCUCACUACACUAGUGAAGGCCCACAAUGCACAGAGACCCAUGGUAGUAGACAUCUGCAUUCGUGAAAUUGAAGCAAGAGGUUUGAAAUCAGAAGGAAUUUAUAGAGUCUCAGGGUUCACUGAACAUAUUGAGGAUGUCAAAAUGGCCUUUGAUCGAGAUGGCGACAAGGUAGAUGUCUCCGCCAACCUCUAUCCAGACAUAAACAUCAUUGCUGGAGCACUAAAGCUGUAUUUCAGAGACUUACCAAUUCCUGUAAUCACCUAUGAUACCUAUUCCAAGUUUAUAGAGGCAGCAAAAAUCUGUAAUCCUGAUGAAAGGUUAGAAGCAGUCCAUGAAGUCUUGAUGCUACUUCCAGCUGCACACUAUGAGACUCUGAGAUUUUUGAUGAUUCAUCUCAAUAAGAUUACCAUGAAUGAAAAAGAUAAUUUUAUGAAUGCUGAAAAUCUGGGAAUAGUGUUUGGGCCGACCCUAAUGAGACCCCCAGAGGACAGCACUCUUGCUACGCUCAAUGAUAUGCGGUACCAGAAGCUGAUCGUACAAAUAUUAAUAGAAAAUGAAGAUGUUUUGUUUUAGACAAAUGAAGGAAUAAAUUCAUAGCCAUCUGCUAUGAAAGUCUAAGUUUAAAGAAAAACAAAUUCUCAGAAGAGCAAGAAAAAUGGGUAGCACUUCAUUUUCUGCUGUGUUGCAGAUAAACACCAAAACAUUUAGUAAAGUAUAUGUCUCAUAGACAUAUACCUCUUUUUUAUUAUUAUUUAAGAGAGAACAAAGGUCAGAAAAAAAUCCUCUUGCCUUGUAUCCUUUGCCUUGUUUCCAGUAUGUAUCUGUGCUGAAAGGUUACAUACUGUUAUAUUAUUAACUUAUUAAAGGACACAAACUUUACAUGGUUAUUUAGAUCAUUAAAGCAAAAAGGUACUUUUAAACUGAUCCCCAAAGUACUAUUGCUGGCACAAUUCCUAUUUAAGAAACGAGAUCAGCAAAGCAGUUUGUAGGAUUGAACAUGUACACCCAAACCAGCAAAACUAAACCAUGCAUGGAAAUAGGUGUUAACAUAAUGUUCACCCUUCUGAAGAGAGUGAUGUUAGAGGGGCACAUCUAUAGCUUGAGUAUAUCACCACACAGAUUUAUUGGUGCAAUCUGCUCUGAUGUUCUAGAGAUCAGCACUUUUGAGCUGAAACGUCCAUCACCUGUUUGAAGUAGACUCCACAUGUAUAAUUGCAGAUACCCAUCUCACUGCUGCAUACAAAUAACUUUAGAUCAUAGUCA